CGAUGUAUUCGUCGUAUAAAUAAUCUGCUUGCGCUAGUUGCGCAUGUGUUUGCUUGUUUGUCGCCUCGGCGCUCCCGUCUUCGGGAGUCCGGACUGGUUCGCAUUCCCCCCGAGUUGUCGCCACGUGUCCCGAUCUGUGGGUUGUUGUUCAGACCGUGCGGUUUCUUGAGGCGGCUAGGUGCUUCUCUUCUGUGCCGAGGCGGGGCCUACUUUUGCUGUCUCCACUUGUUCAACUCUCUUCUCCCGCCUCGCGCAAUCUCUCUUGGAAGCAGAUCGGACAAUCAGCAAUCAUCAAAUCGGUCGUGCAAUUUCCUUCAAUUUCACCCACAGAAUAGCCUUAAAGCCGCUUUCGAUAUCGUUGUAGCGCUGUCGUGGUUUGUCGUGGCGUGCAUGCUCUAUUCUCUUCCCCCCUAAAGAAAGGGAGGGAAGAGGAGGGUGGCAUAAGGGUGAGGAGGGAGGGAGCAGUAGGUGCUUUUCAUUUGAAUAGCGCACAACGGAGGUGGGAGGCAGGAGUCGGGGAUUCCAUGUAAGCCGCCACAGCUGUCGGCGGAAGGCGGGAACUGGGAUCAGCGGCAAGACAUUCGAACAACCGGCCGAUUUCUGAGUUCGUGGUUCCCGGUGUCUCCUCGCGGCAUCGUUGCUACCAUCAUCAUCAUCGUUAUCCUUGUCAUAAUCAUUCAAUCGUAUCAUUAUCAUCUUCAUCACCGUCAUCAUCAUCAUCAUCAUCAUCAGCGAGAAGAUCGUGUUCGCUCUCUCUUCAUCUUCAGCCUUUUCAGAGGUGCGACUGCAUCAAAAGCACAGAGCGGCAGUCGUUAUUUCAUUUGCUUUCUCCUGUUUCCUAACCUCUUCUGAGGGAUUUGGAUCUUUCCCCUUCCCUCCCCCCGUCCAGUCGCCGCCGGUCCACUCCACUGUUCUCUCCCUUGUCUCGUUUUCAAUGUCUUUUGCCCCUCCACCUAUUUCUUUCUUUCUUUUUCUUAUUUGUCUUAUUAGCUGAUUCUAUCGUCCCCGCUGCUUUUUCGGUCUCCGACGCCUAUUUCUUCUUCUUCUUCUCCCUCUCUUCUUCUCCUCCUCCUUCUCUUCCUUGUCUAGUGAUCCUGCAUCGCGGAUUCCGCUGAGGUCGCUGCUGUCGUGAUUGUAACCGUUGUCUUUGAGGCCGUGAUUGGUGGGAGCGCCUAUUUAUAUCUUCAUCUUCUUGAGCGAUUCUACAGAGCGCCUUCCGCUGAGGUUGCUGCUGUCCUGAUUGCCACCGUUGUCUUCGCGGCCGUGAUUGGUGGGCGCGCCUAUUUCUAUCUUCGUGAUCUUCUUCCUCUUCUUCUUCUUCUUUAGCGAUUCUAGAUCGCGGUUUCCGCUGAGGUGGCACUGUUCUGAUUGCAACCGCCGUCUUCGAGGCCGUCAUUGGUGGGAGCGCCUAUUUCAAUCUUCGUCUUCUUCUUCUUUAGCAAUUCUUCAUCGCAGCUUGGGCUGAGGUUGCUGCUGUCCGGAUUGCAACCGUUGUCUUCGAGGCCGUGAUUGGUCUGAGACCCGGAGAGUACGAGGGAGCGGGGAAAGGGAGGGAGGGGGGGGAGGAAGGCAGGGAGGGAGGGAGGGGGGGAGGGAGGGAGGGAGGGAGGGAGGGAGGAAAGAAGGGAAGCAAUGGUGGGUGCCUGCAAGGAGAUGGCUGUUUAUUGUUUUGAUACGCUGGUGGCGCAUUACACGGGUGAAAAUAUUCCGCCGCCGCAAUUCGAGGGAGGCUACUUGUGAUCCUUUGUUCGUCACCUGGAAGAAGCUUGUCAAUGGCAGCGAACCGAGACUUAGGGGCUGUAUAGGUACCUUGGAGGCCCGUUGUGUGAUGCAAGGCUUCAAGGAUUACGCUCUUACGAGUGCAUUGCGGGAUCGGCGAUUCCCUCCAAUCCAGGCCAAGGAGAUUCCGUUCCUUGAAUGUACGGUGUCUAUCCUUACAGACUACGAGAGUGCAAGCAGCUACCUCGACUGGGAGGUUGGUAAACAUGGGAUGAUAUUGGAGUUCACUGAUCCACACAACUCGCGCCGAAGUGCAACAUAUCUUCCCGAGGUUGCAGAGCAAGAAGGUUGGACGAAGCUGGAGACGAUCGAUUCCCUCGUCCGGAAGGCUGGGUACAUGGGUCCAAUUACAGACUCACUGAGGAGGAAGCUGCGGAUAACCCGUUACCAGAGCUCGCUGUAUACUCUCAACUACAAGGAUUACGUCGAUUAUGUGACGGUCGCUCGCGGCAUGGCUCCCUUGGUGCUUGUGAAUUGCUAGCAAGCACCCUUUGACAGCCCCUUUGUAACCACAAUUGUUUACAUCCAGCUGUGUGAUACUGCUUGAAAUGUGUGCGAGGAGCCAUCGUUUGAUUAGAAAUGAACAAAGAAGAAAUAGGACCCACCUUCGUGGACAAGGGAGCAGGUCAACGGUUACAAUGGACAUGAGCGCAGGUAAAUGUUGGGAUGAUGGAUUCUGGAUCUGCUGAUCCUGAAGAAGAACCCUGGCAACGGAGCUUCAAGCAAAGAGGAAGGAAGGAAGGAAGGAAGGUAGGAAGGAGGUAAGGAAGGAAAGCAGAGAAAAGGGGACAGAAAAGGAAGGGGGGCCAGUUUCUUUAAGGGAGGGCAAAAACAGAGAGAAGGGUACAUUAAAUCCUCUAUUUUGACUUCACAUUGGAUAACGUUCUUCGCAAGGGAGGCCCUGUGAAUACACAGAAAUCUCUCUCUCUCUCUCUCUCUCUCUCUCACACACACACACACACACACACACACACACAUGCAAAGUCGAGCGAAACAGUCUGUCACAGUCAUGCUUGUUCUGUGGAGUUGUGUACAGCGAACAUGACACACACACACACGCGCGUGCGCACACAGAUGCAUUGCAUUAUGUGCACACAGGUGUGGUGUGUGCAUGCAUUUCCCAGUGUCGUAUGUGUGCAUCUAGAAGUGUAGAUUAAGCGUUCGCCCUCUCUGAACUCAGUGAAAUGGGGGUGGUGGUAUAGCUUAAAAGGUCCACAUCAUGGUGACUCGGACAGCAUGUUUUGCUGUGUGCACUUGCCACAAUAUUUUGAGACUGAG